AGUAAAGGAGUACAUGUGCCAUGAAAAUAAUUAACAAUAAUACAAAUAAUUUUUAGUAGCAGCUCUUGUUGAAUCUUGCCUCUGUUGGUCCAGGGUCUUUUAUGGCCUGUCCACACAUAAAAUCACUGUAGAGCUCAAACUCCACCUUCCUCCCCUGUAAUAAUGAAGCCACUACUCCCAACUACUUGUUUUGGACACACUUCAAACUUGGCAAGGUUGUGAUAGCUAAUUCUGGACAUUGCCCCUCUUCCCCCAGCAGAACAGAACCCACUCUCCCCUCCUUUCUUGCUUGAACAAAAAAAUCUCUUUACCCACUUGAAGCAGGAACAGUGUGCCCUCUGUUUCCUACCGUUUCACCAAAUGCACAGUUUUCCCACUUCACUGAACUCUCGACAUGGAUUUUUGUCACUGAUGUCAGAGCAGGGGCUUUGGGGUGACCAGAGAUCCUGGACUCAGGCUUGGUGCACCCAAAUCUUUAACUAUGACCUCACUCAGUUUUUAUGUCUCAGACUGCAUACUAUUCCUCAAACUCUGUAUCUGAAGGUAUUUUAAUAGAGAUAAGGUGGCUUCGCUUUCCAGAAAUCCCUCACCUCGUCAAAUGGAAAAUUUGACUUUCUUGGUUUACUGGAUGGGGCCUGGCCUUGCAGAAGUUUUUCUACAAUAGUCAUCAAGUGAGACUGUUUACUUUAAUCGAGCUGAAAUUUCAUGGGUAAUUCAGUAUGAAUGACUUGUUGUAUUCUGUGGACCUCUGCUGCCAACAUAGCUGCUUUUUAUAAUGAAAACAGUAAGGACCCAAGGUGACAUGACUGUGGUGGAUCCAGACAGCGGGGGAUGGAGUGGCCUGACAAGGCAACCCUCCUACUACCUUUCUCCCUACAGCGCACUGACCUUGAACCUCCUUUGUACUAGCAAAAACAAGAGAGAGACAAACACACACUCCUUUGCGAGACCCUGAAAUACAACUUGGGUGAGAUACUGACAGAAGUGAGAGAAAAAGAUUGAGAGAGUGAAACAGAAGGAAACACAGACAAUAACAAAGACAGUGUGACGUCGGUGGACAUCCUGUGAGGAUCGAGAGCCUCAGGGUGGCCCCGAUCAUGAAACCUUUCAUCUCUGUGGGCCCCCCUUCUGGCCUGCUGCUGGUCCUGAUGUGUUGCCCUCUGCUGGGCUUGGUCCAGUCCGCCAGCAGCAACAAGGCCAGCGAUAACACACACCCACACCUGGGAGACUCUGACCCGGACCGAUGCAUGAGGCACCACUUUGUGGAGACCAUCACACACCCGAUUUAUAAGUGCAACUCUAAGAUGGUGCUGCUGGCGCGCUGCGAGGGUCACUGCAGCCACACCACCCGCUCCGACCCCCUCAUCUCCUUCAGCUCGGUGCUCAAGCAGCCCUUCAAGAGCACCUGCUCCUGCUGCCGGCCGCACACCUCCAAGCUGAAGGCGGUGAGGCUGCGCUGUGCCGGCGGGACUCGCAUCACAGCCACUUACAGAUACAUCCUGGCCUGCAACUGUGAGGAGUGCAGCUGAGCAGGGAGCAGCACCCUCCCAAACACUCAAGACUCUCAAGACCCAGCAUUUUUCUUGGCCUCAGACCUCACUCUAAAUCUAUCCAGAGCAUUUUAGUUGAUUAUUGGAUCAGAAAAUUGCCCCAGAGGACAGCAGCUCAAGAUGCUUGUUGUUAUCUUGGGAGUGACAGUUUGGAGCAAUCGUACCACUCUCACACAGGCCUUAAAAUUGACCUGUAGCCCUUGGGACUCAGACAGAGCAUACUAUACCCUCUCCAUUAUGUGUAUCCAAUCAGUACAAAUCAUAAGAAGCAUUUUUCUCCAGCGCACAAGGCCAAACACCACAAACAGCUGCUCCCAUGGGCCGGCUGGAGACCCUCCUCACUGCAGAGACGCACUGCACUCAUUACAAUAAUUCAUAACAUACAGGCUCGCAAACCACAGUGUGAGAGCUCAUUACAAAUAUCAGUAACAGCCUUCUUCCAGCUUCAUAAAAACUCCACCACGCAUUUGACAACAAAACAACACGCCUCGUUAAAAAGCAGCAUGGGAAAGGAUGUGGCUCGACGAGAACAGGCGGGUCCACAUGGGCCCAGACAUGUGGUGGAUCUAUAGAGGGGGCACCUGUGCUGUACUUAUUCACCCAAUAACAUUUUACACACUCCCUGCAGACUUUUCAUCUAGCCGUGUAAGACAUGACCAGUGCUGACAGGGGAGCUCAUCAUGUGAACUGUAAAACUGUAGUGGCAGACAGUGUGAGAGAAGCUCUGGGGAUGAAAGAAGACCAAGCAUAAAGGUUUGGCCAGACUCUGGGUGGUGGUGUAGACUGUCAAUAGACUGUCAAAGCUAUCAGUGUUCAUUUUAAGUGUAAACUAUUCUAUUUGAAUCUUUGUGAUGUUCCUGUCAACAUUAUUGAAAUUGUAGCUACUAUCAUGAAACUGCCGCUUUUGCCUGUCAUGUAUUGUUACUAAUGACAUGUCCAGUGUUUUGAGUUGGAGGAAAAACGCUCUUGUCAAAACAGUGCCAUGGUUGCUCCGCAUACGUCUGUAAGCCUGCGUACAUUAUCCUCAUAGUCCACCAUAAUGAAUACAGGAAUGUUAAACUCACGUAUAAUUCACUUGGUGUGUGCUAGACUCAAUCAUCAUCGGCCAUCAGAACUUGUGGUUAGUUUAUCUGAAGUGAAAAAUGAACAACUCCAUCGUGUUGUUCCAGUUGUGGUUUAUUCUCUCAGAAGAAACUCCAAUUUUCUAACACCACAAAAAUUUCAGUGCAGUUUGCAUUUGAAGAAACUAAUGAGGGGUUUUAUGGAAGUAAAGAAAGACCAAAAUAAUUUUCAUUUUACAUGCAACUGAUGACCUUUUUUAAAUUUAUCCUCCUUAAUCUUGAAAUUUGGAUGCUUUAAACUUUGAUUAGUUACAUUCAGAAACUUCUGGAACGUCUUGGCUAUUGAAGAUAAUCCAUCGAGCCUGAAGAUUCAAAUUCUGUCAGUCACAUAAUUCAAGAAAAAAAAAUUGAGAAGAUACUGGAAACUUCAGGAAAACCUUCUGGAAAAAGAAAGUAAUUAAAACUGUAAAAUACAGGUUUUCAAAAUAAAAUACUUCAAUCAAAUCGGCAACAAUGGACUAAAUACAUUGAAUUUAAAGUUAAAGUUCACAAAUACAGGUACACAGUGAAUAUAUUUUUAAAAUAUAUUAUUUUGGCAUUUCUUUGCCUCCAUAGAGUUUUAAAUUGUAGUAGCUCCCAAAAAAAAUGUAGACAGAAGUUCAUUCUGACGAACACCAUCUUGUAACCUUUGCUGAAAACAGGCUUUUUAGUUCCCAGCCUUUGGUACAAUAAAGCUUAAUGUAAAUGAAAUAAAAAUGGAGAAAUAAUAAAGGAGAUUGGGGGUUGGCAUGGUGGUUGAGUGGUUGAAUACGCUGAGCCCUGUAAAUAAGGGAGAAUAAAAACAGAACUAAUCAAGUAUCCCAUUAAAAAUCUUUUGAAAUGUAUGUGAAAGUGUGACAGCUCUAAGACUUACGGUACAGUACAGACACUUCAUGGAUUUCAUGCACACAUACAGUAUAUGCACUCUGUACAGAUGUCUUUGUUGUGUUCAGAGCUGAAAUGCUACCCUCCCCUGUGAAACAGCAACAACAUGCUGUUCUGUUCUGUGGACGUUUCAAUCCCGACUACAACUGACAGCACGGCCGGCUGCUUCACACGUGAGCCUAAUAAAAUCGUUUCCCCCUCGACUCUG